CGCAGGCCCAGGCGGAAGUGCGGGCGGAGGAUCCCGAGCCGGAUCCCGAGCCGGGCGCGGGGCUCGGGGCUCGCUGGGGCGGCUGGCUCCCGCGAUGGCAAGCUUAUGGUACGGAGGCCUGCUGCGGCUGGGCUCCGGGCUCAGCCUGUCCUGCCUGGCGCUGUCCGUGCUGCUGUUCGCGCAGCUGACAGGCGCCGCCAAGAAUUUUGAAGAUGUGAGGUGUAAAUGUAUCUGCCCUCCCUAUAAAGAGAAUCCUGGACAUAUUUAUAAUAAGAACAUAUCUCAGAAAGACUGUGAUUGCCUUCAUGUUGUGGAGCCCAUGCCUGUGCGGGGGCCUGACGUAGAAGCAUACUGUCUACGCUGUGAAUGCAAAUAUGAAGAAAGAAGCUCUGUCACAAUCAAGGUUACCAUUAUAAUUUAUCUCUCUAUUUUGGGCCUUCUACUUCUGUACAUGGUAUACCUUACCUUAGUUGAGCCAAUCCUGAAGAGGCGCCUCUUUGGACACUCACAGCUGUUGCAGAGUGAUGAUGACGUUGGGGAUCACCAGCCUUUUGCAAAUGCCCAUGAUGUGCUGGCCCGCUCUCGCAGCAGAGCCAAUGUUCUAAACAAGGUCGAGUAUGCCCAGCAGCGCUGGAAGCUUCAGGUUCAGGAGCAGCGGAAGUCUGUCUUCGACCGACACGUUGUCCUCAGCUAACUGGGAACUGGAAUCAAGGUGACUAGAAAAACCACGGCAGAAAAACCACGACUGGGAAGAAUUGACUGGGUGUCCUUGGGUUUUAAUGCCCUGUUGUUUUUACACAUCCUUGCUGGAUGGAGGAAGACUCAAAGUUGGAAGCAGACCCACAUGCUUAGUAUUUUUUCUUGUUAAUGUAUUAAUAGAGACAUUUUUAAAGCACACGGUUCCAAGUCAGCCAGUAAACCUUUUCCUACUUGUGACUUUUACUAAUAAAAUUAAGCUGCCUGUGA